AUGGCUGAUGCGAUUGAAACAGAAACUAAUUAUGCAGGUUUUAUUGCAGUACAUGUCGGCGCUGGUUUACAAUCUCAAGCGAGACUACCGCGAUAUCGUGAGACGAUAAAAAGAGCUUGUUUACAAGGAAUACGAGCAUUAAAUAAUGGGAAAAAUGCAUCCGAAGCAGCAUGUAUGGCUGUUGCUGUACUUGAAGAUUGUCCAUUAACCAAUGCUGGUAUUGGUUCGAAUUUAACUUUAGACGGAAAUGUUGAAUGUGAUGCAUCUAUUAUGGAUGAAGAAAGCUAUGGAGCAAUAGGAGCUGUUACAGGUAUAAAAAACCCAAUAACAUUAGCAUGGGCUUUAUUGCAUACACAAAAACAAGGUCUUUUGGAUGGUGGUCGAAUACCUCCGUGUUUUCUUGUUGGCGAUGGUGCCAAACAAUGGGCACAACAAAAUGAUAUUCCACUAGUUGAUAAUCAAGCAAUGACGACAGAAAAUAGUAAAUUUACAUACGAAAAAUACAAAAGAAAAUUAAAUGAAAACGCAUCAGAAACAACGAAAAAGAUUAAAACGGAAAAUUCAGAUGAUACUGAGCGAUUAGACACAGUCGGCACUAUUGUUAUUGAUCGACAUGGAAAUGUAGCAGCAGCUGCAUCAAGUGGUGGAAUACUUUUAAAACACUCUGGUCGUGUAGGACAUUCAGCAAUGUUUGGCUGUGGUUGUUGGGCCGAACGAAAAGAUUCAUGUUCGAUUGCAGUUGCAUCUUCAGGCACUGGUGAAUUUCUUAUGAAGAGUCUUUUUUCUAAAUCGAUUAGUGAUGCAUGUUCAAAUGAUGACUUAACGCCAGACACAAUACGAGAUCAUAUUAAUCAUAUUUUUCUUAAUCGUACAAUGACUCCAACAAAUGCUGAAAAAUAUUUUGGAUUUAUUCUGUUAAAAAUGAUCACAAAUGAAAAUCAAAGUCGAUCAGUAGAGUUUCUGUGUGCCCAUAAUACUCAAACUAUGUUUGUUGGUUAUAUGACUACAAAGCAAAGCAAAGUUACAACUUGUUUGUCGGAAUUGCAGUCCAAUGGUUCACUAACAAUUCAUAUUGAUUCAGUUCGUUUAACAUAA